UGUCAGUCAGCGCUGCACAAAAAUAUAGCAUCGGUCAAAUAUGACCGCUGUUUUAAUUUUACAUGAUGUAGGCAGAGACCACUGACUUUGACUUUGUUCCCUUCGACCCGGUGGUUUCUGUAAGGCUUUGAUUAUGCUCCAGAUGUCUGCAUGCUCGUCUGGUGGAGGAGACAUAUUCGACUGUAUACAGAGAGGAACUGUAGAUCAGUGUUUACACUAUAUCAAAAACGACCGAGCGGUGCUCAAGCAGAAAGGCUGGGGUGGUUUCACUCCACUCCACUUCGCUGCUCUACAUGGCAAUCGUACCCUUGUUGACCUCUUCCUGUGUAAUGCCGCUGACCCCAACCUGACGUGCGAUGCAGGACAGACCGCUUUCCAUUUCGCCUGCAGACAAGGAAACAUCUACAUCAUUCACAAAAUGAUGCAGUACGGGGCUGACCUGCGCAUCAUUGACCUGCAGGGCAAGACAUCCCUGCAUCACGCCGUCACUGGAGGCAGCAUAGUCGCUGUGCACUACCUGUGGGAGACUGGAAUGUUCCGCUUUACGGACACAGACCAGUAUCAGGUGACGCCCCUUCACCUGGCUGCUUCCACCGGCAACACAGAGGUGGUGCGAUACCUGCUGAAAGACCAGAGAUGCGCUGUGGAUGCGAUCGACCAGCAGGGGGCGACAGCGCUUCACGUUGCAGCGGAGCGAGGCGGGGUUGAGGUGUGCUGGACGCUGCUGCAGAGCUCGGGCUGCGGGUUGCUCCACCAGAAGAACCACAGCGGCCUCACGCCUCUGGACCUUUGCAAGCAAGGGAAGACAUUUAGACAUCAGCAACUUACCAAACUAUUGAAUCAGUACGUGAGCGAGCCAAGUCAACACAAGCCCAGAGAGUCUCACGUCUUGUACUACUGGACCCUGUUGUUCCCCAGCCUAAGUGGAGCUGCUAUUCUGCUGAUAGCUGCCAUGUUGGGAGGCUACGGUGGACUGAUCUGUGGCCUCCUCUUCCCCUGGCUGGCGAGUAGCAUCUUCACACAGUACCACCGUAUGACCACGUACCAGAGGUUUGACCAACUUCACGUUGACAACAGCAGUCAGGGGACAUGUACUUUAGUGCCUGUUGUAUCUUUCCAUUCAGAAAGCAGCUGCUGUCCUUCUUCCAGGUUACCCAAUCCUGUCUACCUGGGAACCCUCCUCGCUGGAAUGUUCCACUCGGUGCUUUGCUUCUAUGGAAAACUGAUGCCUAGUGUGUGGCCCAAAAGUGCUCUGGUCCAGGUGUGCAUGGUCCACUUCAUGCUGGUGUUCGCUUUGUUCUUCAAGAUUCUGACUCAGGACCCUGGGACCCUCAACAGCACAAAUGCUGACCCUCGCUUCUCCUGUAUCGCUGACCUGGUGGAGAAAAAUGAGAGCCCACAUAGAUUUUGUCCGUAUUGUGAGUUAUUCCAGCCAGAUUUCACGAAACACUGCAAGCUGUGUGACGUCUGCAUCAGAGACUACGACCAUCACUGCCUGUUCCUCAACCAGUGCAUCGGGCGGGACAACCACCGUCGCUUCCUCUGCUUCAUCAUCUCCAUGGUGAUCGCUCAUCUUCUCUUUGUUACCAUGACGACAAGCUACCUGUACGACAGGAUGCCGGCCAACAGCCAUAGCUUGGCCUCGUGCUUACCGAUGUUGGCGGAGGAAUUCUGGGUCGUCAUCAUGGCUCUCAUGAAUGGGAUGACCCUCUUGUGGGAGGUGUGGCUACUUACCGAGCAGUUUGAUGCGAUCGCCAUGGAAACCACCACUUACUUCAGGCACUGUGAGAUGACUGUGAGACAGAAGCCAAUAAUGCAGCGCUGGGUGGCGGUUCUGUCCUUCCUCCUGGAAGGGCGGAGGCGAGUGGGCCGUGGGCAAACAAGAGAGGAAAAAACUGCAAUUGACAUUUAAAUUGUAUCUUUUCCUUCAAUGCAGUUACUGCCAUGAUCAUGUCGUGCGUCAAUGUAACACUGUGCUAUCUGUUGCUCUAGAGUAGAUUGUUACCAAAACGACUAUCUAGUUUCAAGUGGCCUUGCUGUCACCUUUUCAUUUGAAUGUCCUUCAACAAGGAAGUUGUUCAGUGUUCAGAUGAAGCUUUUAUACACCAUAUGAGAGUAUUUUUGUCUACUGAGUGUGCUAAACGUGUACUGGGCUUCUACACACUUACAUUUGUAGCACUGCACUGAGCUUGCACUGUUCGACUUACUGUACGCCCCAACUAUUGUAACAAUGAUGCUACUGUUGAACAAAUAAAACUGUGACGUGACAAAAAUGU